AUGGGAAGGAGAGAGAUCGCUGGAAAAACUUGGGAACCGUUCCGUUGGGCAACUGCUCGAGUAUCUCGAGUACAUCGCUCCAAACCUCAGCAGCGUCAAUCAAAGACGGCUGCUCAGAAACACAUUGAUCGCAUCCUCAGUCUCACUGCCACUGUAGAGUUGCAGAAGAAAAUUCACAAGGAUUUGGGGGGGUGUGGCGGCGCUCUUCAGGAUCCAACUGAUUCUGUUGCUCGUGCGCUGCUGGCGGAUUGGCAGGAGAGGUUUGACCAGAGUGAGCAGAAGUUAGUCCAAUUGGAAAGACGAAUUGCAGACGAGACUGCAGCACUCAAAUCAACACGACCGGUUGAUUUCUCAGAGCUCCAGGAGUUCGGUGCACUGCGGAAUGCGGAUCCCGCCCUUCGCGAAGUCUAUCUCCCACCAGUUAUUCCUCAUAGUAACCGAUACAAGACCAGCCCAUUUGGGAGAACUCUGACUGGCCAGAAGCUUCGGGAGAUGCUCUUCCCUGUUGACUUACUGAUGUGUAGGGUCGUUGGUGUUAUUUGUGUGGGUGGGGCCAGGCGCGUUCUUUGCCAAUGA